AUGUGUUGUCACAGUCGCGUAAUAUUUGCGACUUGCGGCCACAGCAGCUUUUGCCCGCGGCCUCUGGUGGAAUGUCGACAUGCGUCCUUCGAUCCGUCCGUGCCUUGGUCCACAGGCUGCGAGAUUGUGGCACACCCGUACAAGAGUCUGCGUCUCGACCAGCUAUGUCCACCUUGUCAGAAGCGACGAGAUGCCUUGAUUCGAGACAUCGAAGAGCAGCAAGUGGUGAAGUUUGACGAGUGGCAGUGGAAGGUCAGCUACGGCAUGCCAAGUCAUGGCGGGAAGGACUAUUGGGGCAAGAAGGCUGAAGAGCGCGAGGCGGAGGAGAGAAAGAAGACUGAGCCUGCCGCAGAUAGCAAACAGAAGAAAAAUGGAGAUUUGACGCCCACGAUUAGUUCGAUUGUGGAGUGA